AUGGAAAGCAUAGUCGUGUUUUCUCUUUGGACCGUGCACGUAUGCCACAACCUAGUCGUGCGGCUUUGGCGGGCCUGGCAUCCAUCGCGGCAGAGUCCCACGUGCGUGCUCGAACGGCUGCCGGCCGAGCUGAUCAUCGACAUGGACGACUAUUUCUCUUCGCAAAGCCGAAUACUUCUCUCUCGGACUUGCCGCUCUCUGCGAGCGAUGCUGACGAACACGGACGACUUCUACACUGUCGGCUGCUCAUCGCGUGCAGAGCGUGCCGAAUUUCUCUACCUUGUCGCCCGCGAUAUUCCUGAUCGUUGGCUGUGCGAUGCAUGCAUGGCUCUCCACGAAGUGACGGUGUCUGAUACACCUCCUUGCAAGAAUACCCGGCACUGCAAAUUGUAUAAAGAUUCUUAUGAUUAUGCACGAAAACCGGCUCUUGCUCCUGUGAACUACCGACACGUUCAACUCGCCCUCAAAUACAGCCGGAUGAAGGAUGGCAUAUCCCGCUACCACCGACAUCAUCUGGCAAAGCUGCUGGAGCCGUUUUCCUACACGAAGACGGUCUGUCUUCGGGCAUACUCCAGCAUAUUUUGGGCCCGGUGUGAAUCGUAUCCCAAAGUUGCCAUGGCCCCGGACGGCGGACAACAUUACCUGCUGCUCACGAUUGUUUCGCUCCGCAGGCCUCGCAACCUAGAAGAUGCACUCGGAAGGACCGGCAGCGUCAAUAUCUGCCCACACCAGAGGACAGACAGUCGAGAUAAGAAGGAGAUUGAGGACUUUAAAAACGAGUACCAUGACAACGACCGGGGGCCCAUCUCUGAUGGUACCUGGCAACCAGACAUCGAUUUGGCUUUGUAUGACAUGUUACAGAUGGCACGGGGUCGAGGCAGGAGCAAUGGCAGCAGAAGUAGCAGCAGCGGUCACAGAAAAAGCCGAACUCGAAGUGGUUGCUACGAUGAAGUUUGCGGCAGCUGCUUACUCUGCACUACGGACUAUUCCUUCCGGCUGAUGCCUCAGAGCAUUGAGCUUCGUGUCUGGCAAGAUCUUGGGCCGGAGGGCGCUCCCAGUAACAGUCAAUGGCAGAUGCAUAUUUCGGAGAAAUAUUUUUACCACGAGAAUGACCGAGGUGACGCAUACGACGAGUGGUCGUCUAUUGCAGCUGUGCACCGUGUCGACGGAAGUGUGCGGCAACUGUACGAGAGCGAUAUGAGCGAUAGGGGCGCAUAG